UAUUCAUAAUCUAAUUUUAAUCCUUUAUUAUUAUUACUAACCAAUUAAUAUUAUUUUAAAAAAAUACUGGAUAUUACAUUCCUGAUCAGACUAGUGAUCGGAUUGCAACCGCAAAGCAGCCUAUAUAUAGUGACAAUUAAAUACACAACAAAACAACUUCUUUCUUCUCUCUUGGGUUAUAAUACUCAGACGGACAAGCUAUAUCUGAGGCGAUUUUCUGGGCGAUUAAACACACAAUAAAAGCAGCUUCUUCUUCUUCAAUUAAGGAGGAAAUAUGAGGCCGAUCUUGAUCAAAGGACACGAAAGGCCAUUAACAUAUCUAAAGUAUAACAAGGAGGGUGACCUCCUCUUCUCCUGCGCAUUAGACAGAAACCCCGCUGUUUGGUACGCUGAUAAGGGAGAGCUUUUAGGCACUUACCGUGGGCACAUUGGUUCUGUUUGGGGUUGUGAUGUUUCUAGGGAUUCAAAACUUUUAAUAACUGCAAGUGCGGAUCAAACAGCAAAGGUAUGGGAUGUUCAAACUGGGUCUGAGCUGUUCACGUUUGAAUUUAAGUCCACUGUGAAAUCAGUAGAAUUUGGUGUCGGAGACAAGCUUGCUGUCAUUGCAACAGACUCCUUUCGUGACAUGUCUUCUGCAAUUCAUGUCAAACACAUAGCCAGAGAUCCUAGUGAACAGUGCGGUGAUUCUGUGAUUGAAUUCUCACCUGGAGGAAGAAUCAAUAGAGCUGUUUGGGGACCUUUAAAUAGGACCAUAAUAAGUGGUGGUGAACAAGGCGUUGUUCGUGUGUGGGACGUUGAGACAAAGAAAGUGAUUUAUGAGUCAGACAAGGAUACUGGUCAUCAGAAGGCCAUUACAUCACUUGCAAAAUCAAGAGACGGUUCACAUUUACUUACUGCUUCCAUUGACAAAUCAGCUAAGCUUUGGGACAUCAGAUCAAUGAAACUUCUCAGGACAUACAAGGCUGAAGCCCCAGUUAAUGCAGUUGCACUCUCUCCACUACUUGAUCAUGUCGUGCUCGGAGGUGGUCAAGAUGCAUCGACUGUUACAAACGAUCCUCGUGCUGGCAAGUUUGAGGCCAAAUUUUAUCACAAGGUCCUUGAAGAAGAAAUUGGAUCUGUGAAAGGACACUUUGGUCCGAUAAAUGCAUUGGCAUUCAACCCUGAUGGAAAAAGUUUCGCAAGUGGAGGUGAAGAUGGUUAUUUGCGAUUACAUCACUUUGAUCAUGACUACUUCAACAUGGCGAUUUAAUUCGAAUUACUUACAUUGCUACGUCUUUUUUUUUUUUUUUCCGGUUUUAUUCAAGUUAUUUUCUGGUUUUUAUGUUGAUCUUAUGUUCUUUGUUAUAAAUAGAAGUGUGGUUCCUUUUAAAACUAUUUACAUAAGUUUUUGGCUUUUCAUGUAAUUUAAUCAAAGUAAAUGCCAUGAGAUCCUGAAUAUAUCUACUUAUC